AGCUGAGAGAGCUGCGCCUGCGCAUUGUGCUGGUCUCCAUGGCGGGGCCUCGGAGCCAAGACGAGAGAAAGUGCUGCUGUGAAGACACAAUUGUAGCUUUCACAUAAAUGAAGAUACACUUACUACGAUUUAGUGCCCCCGAAAAGAAGAACUUCUGUGAAAACAAAAGGCAUUUCUGGGGUAGUAGAAUGCUUGAGGCCUGGAAGUUAAACUUCAGCCACUGCCUGAGGUAUGGUGAGGCCAAGAGAGCAGGAGGUAAUUGCCACUGAAAAGAUAGUUUAUCAUUCACAGUUCCCAAGAGGAAGAGGACAUGCCAUACCACGAAGGGCCACACCAAACACCACCAAGCAUCUAGCCUGUAUGGACACCAGGGAUCCUUCCUUUGGACAAAAUGAAUCUCCUGCAGUUUUGCCAAUCACUACUCCUGAACCAGAUAAUCCACUCACAUCACAGGAUAUCCCAGGACCCCUAACUCAGACCCCAACUCUUUCUGCAGAGCAAUUUCAUCUAGUGGACCAAAAUGGGCAGCCUGUUCAAUAUGAACUUCAAUCAUUGGGGGAUUCACAAAUGAUGAUCGUUGCUAGCCCAUCAGAGAAUGGACAGGUGCUUCAUGUAAUUCCAUCUACCCAGACAGGAAUGGGACAAGUGAUUAUACCUCAGGGGCAGCUUGUGGAUGCAAACAGUCCUCAGGAUAUUUCUGAAGAGAAAUCCAGUGACAGAAAUGUACUAAGAGUGGAUGCUGUGGCAGACAGCACCAGUAAUUACAUCCUUCACCCACGCACGUCCCUCACAUUGCCCAGAAAGUCCGUGACCAGAAUGCUUGAUGAACCUUUGCUGGCUCCUCUCCAGCCUCUUUCUUCUAACACACCUAUAUGGGCCUGCCGUCUUAGGAGCUGUGAGAAAAUUGGAGAUUCAUACCGUGGCUACUGUGUAAGUGAGACUGAAUUAGAAAGUGUCUUAACAUUUCACAAGCAGCAAACACAGAGUGUUUGGGGGACUCGCCAGUCUCCAAGCCCAGCCAAACCUGCUACACGCUUGAUGUGGAAAUCCCAGUAUGUCCCAUAUGAUGGAAUCCCCUUUGUCAAUGCAGGGAGUAGAGCUGUGGUAAUGGAGUGUCAAUAUGGGCCAAGGAGAAAAGGGUUCCAGUUAAAAAAAAUCAGUGAACAGGAAAGCAGGUCAUGUCAGCUCUACAAAGCCACCUGUCCAGCCAGGAUUUACAUUAAAAAGGUGCAGAAGUUUCCUGAAUAUAGAGUACCCACAGACCCCAAAAUUGAUAAGAAAAUAAUCAGAAUGGAACAGGAAAAAGCCUUUAACAUGUUAAAGAAGAACUUGGUAGAUGCUGGUGGUGUUCUUAGGUGGUAUGUACAGUUACCUACUCAGCAAGCUCAUCAGUAUCAUGAAUUAGAGACGACUUGCCUCCCUUUGUCACCUUCCCUUUUUCCUAUUUCUUCUCUUGAAGAAGAGGAAACUACAGUCAGAGAUGAGAAUUGUACAUUACCCUCACGUUUACACCCUCAAGUAGCACAUAAGAUUCAAGAGUUAGUAUCACAGGGCAUAGAACAAGUAUAUGCAGUGAGGAAACAGCUAAGAAAAUUUGUGGAAAGAGAACUGUUCAAACCUGAUGAAAUACCUGAAAGACAUAAUUUGUCUUAUUUUCCGACUGUAAAUGAUAUAAAAAAUCACAUCCAUGAGGUACAGAAAUCCUUGCAAAAUGGAGAUACGGUGUAUAACUCAGAGAUUAUUCCAGCCACGCUUCAGUGGACUACAGAUAGUGGAAAUAUUCUGAGAGAGACUGUGACGGUUACAUUUGCAGAAGGAAAUUCACCAGGAGAAUCAAUUCCCACCAAAGUGGAAACAAAUCAGACAGGGACUUCUUUGUCUCCAGAGCCAACUCACUUGCUUUCCUCACUUUCUUCAUUUCAGCCCAAAAUAUUUACACAACUACAGGGUUUGCAGUUACAAUCAAGAUUCACCUCUCCAGAUGGGUCACCUCUGUUAUCAGUAAAUAACCACCCCUCCUCUAGUCCUUCAAGACUUCUGGAUUCAAUAGAAAGUACUUCAAUGGACAAUAAUUCUCUACUGCGUGGUCAAAGUCCUAGCCUUCCAACAGAUACAUGCCUAACCCAAAACAAUAGUACUGUGUCUACUGGGGGUAACUUCCAAGGACCAGAUCAAACUCUAGUGGCAGUGGACCAGCUGAUGGAAGUUGGAGAUGUCGAGGAUACAGGGAAUCUGGAAGGAAGUGUCCAUGAGAUAUUGUUGGGAGAUGUGCAGACCGUUCCAAUACAGAUUAUAGACAACCACCCAGCUCUUAUUGAAGAAAAUACAGAAUGUACUAUUUCUGUCAAUCAAGUUAAACAAGAACCCAAAGAACCAACAUUGUCUAUGGUACCAAAAAUGAAUUUGGAUUGUGAGAAAUUAUCUGCUACAUAAAUUUUUCAAGCUUUCAGAAUUUACAACUAUGAUGACUUCUGAUGUCUUAGAAAAGAAGGUGAAUAUUAACAAAGCACAGCAUUGUGAUAACUGGACUGAAGACUGGUUUUAUGAUUAGCUUUGUUUUAAAACCGCUACAUUUGUUGAAAAUUUCAAAUUUUUACCUUCAUUAAGAGAUAUUUUACUCUUUAUUUUAUAUAAUUCUUAUGCUUUUUGAUUUUGUAAUAAGGUCAGUGUUUCAAAAGACCAUCUGAACUUAUUCACAGUAACUUAUUCUGAACACAAAUAGUUACCUAACUCAUCCCUGGAAAUAUCCAACUUUGGUUCUUACAAGACAAGAAAGAACAGAUACACAAAAAACAAUGAGUGUAUAUGUGUAUGGGCUGAUAUAUGUUGUAAGUUUUAAAGUUGUGAAGAAAUUUUAAAUUAGCAGACAGGUGAGAAAAUAUUUUUAGUCUUAUUUGGAAAGGUAAAACAUUUUACAUACUAAACAAAGAUCAGUAAUUAUAUCUGUGAAGACUGCCCUUGUAGUUUAGCCUCUUCUCUUUAUUUUUAUUCUUUUAACAAACUAAUAGCACGCUAAUGGUCAUCCUAUUGAAAUUGAAGUGUCUUAGUAAGUACUGAAAGUUUUAACUUGAAUUAAUCAGAUGAACAACAGAAAUCAGUACAUAUUGCUUGCAAUUAUACUAUAUUGGAGGUGAAACACUACUUAUGGGUGGAAACAUGAAGAAAUUGAGAGAACUCAAAUAGGAUAAUAGAAUUGCCUGGUGUUUACAGAUAAUUUAGGCAAUUUUUUGAUGAUAGCAGAGGAUUUUGUUGCCAUUUUUUGUUUUGAAGAUUCUGUUCUGGUCAGACAAGACUUUGAGUUGUAUUUACAUUUCUGUGUCAGAGUUCUUACUGUAAUUGACAGUAUUAGGAUUUAUAAUAAUUCAGGGUAAGUAUUUAUAGUUCAGAAUUUAGUAUUUAAAACUUUAAAAAAAUCUAAUCUUGUAUAUUUGCUUAAGUAAGUAUAUUUUCUUCAAAUACCAAGUAAGUACUAAUCAGUAUAUUAUAAGCUUCUGUUUUCUGGAAGAUUGGCAACUAGAAAAGUCAGCUAUAACUGUCAAGAAAUCACCUUAAAGACUUUGUUUUUUCCGGAGACCAUUUCUGGGUAUAUUUUACAUUUUAUUUUUUAAAAAUAAGGAUUUCAAAUAGAUAUUAAUGUUUAAUAUUGAAAGCAUGUACAAUAUAAUAUGGAAUUUAACUUCAAUAUUUUACAGUGCCACUUUUGGCUUCAUAUUGAGGUAUAUUCCCAGCCCUUUUUGUUUUUUUAUUUUUUUAUUUUUUUGAGACAAUGUCUCACUAAACUGCCCAGACUUAGUGGACUUGAGAUUGGGAUCCUCCUGCCUCAGCCUGCCAAGUGAUACGCACCACUGCGCCUUGCUCAGUCUCCCAUUCUUAUUUUACUGAGUUUCAGGUACAUAACAUGUAUCUAAAUAUAAGCACUGUAAUAUUAGAAAUAGAUGGAAUUCUAAAAUUUCUCACUCUUUAGAUUUAUAGCCUAUUAAAUAUACUUUAUUAUUUAUAUUUUAUUUAAUGCAAAAUUAAUAUUUAGAUGUAUCUUAUUUUUAAUAAGAAUUGAUUUUGUUUAAAAAUUGAAAAUAUUUGAUACAAUACAAGUAGGCUGCUAAAUUUGAUUUUUAGGCAAAGUUAAACACAACUCUUAGUUAUCUCAAACCCAGAUUUCUUAGUCUGUGUAUACUUAAGAGGAAUAAACCUAAAUUAAUUUACAGAGUUGCACUGUAGAUCAUAUUCUUUUCAUUUGUUAUUUCUACUUUUUAUGGAAACUUUAUUCAAGAUUUUAAGUAAUAUAUGUGCUGCCAAAGCAAACACCCAAGAUUUUAGGUGAUAGAUCUUCAUCUUCCAAUAAUGAUAAAGUUUUAUUUUAAAAUAUUUUACCAGUUGAACUAUAUCAUUUAAGAAGACAUUCUUUUCUUUUUUGAUGUUGAGUUGCUAAGGAGAAAUGCUUGUUAAGAUGCAAACCCCUGUUAUCUGUGAAGAUGAGAAAUGUCAGAGGAUUCAGCCUUUGGUACUUGAUCUUGAACAAAACAUAGUUAAGAUAUAUUUUUCUUAGUUCUUUCAUGAAUAUCUCUCCUGAUACUGUUCUUUAUCACAAGGACAGAAAGUUACAGUGCCUCCUUCCGACUAACAAAGUUCCUACAGAAACCAAGAGCAUGAAGGAAGGUUUAAAUCCCUAAUUGUAUACUCUUUUGGUUUUUAGGUAGAAACUGGAACUAUCAAUAUUUUCAUGUAAGUAUUCCAAUGAGUAGCUCUUUAAAAAUAGUUUCUAAAUGAGUUUUUUAAAAUUCAUCUUUCCUCUAAAUGCAUGUUUAGUCACAGUGUGUCAGUACUGUGUUUAAAAAUGCUUAGCAUCGCCUUUUGAAUACUAUGUUUACAUAUUUAAAAUGUUUAUUUUUUAAUUCCCAGGGUAUUAAACCCAAGUGCAUAAAAUUUUUAGUGUCCAUGCUUGGCUUUCUCCUAACAGCUCUGCAGCAAAGUUUGACAUUUAUUCCUUUGUAUUAUUAUUAUGUAUCACAAGGUGUACUAUCUGUGGUAUUGAGUUGGACUUUCAAAAUAAGUAGUUAGGAUUUCACAAUUACAGUUCAGCUUGUUUCUUCAAAGUAGUUUUCAUGUUCCAAACCUCCAAGUGAAUUUUAUGUAUAGUCUAGUGAAUUAUAGAUAAACACAGCCACAGUGGACUUUUUCCUCAAUAGCAUUUUUCUGUGUAAACAGUGAAUAUACUUAAAAGGAAAAAGGUUUAACAUCUUGUGCAAGGCAUAUGUUUCCUAAAAAUCACAAAAAUGAUAGAAAACACAGAUCUUGGAAUCGGAUUCUGCAUUUGAGUUUCUAAUUUUGAGGCCUAUCCCCUUGUUUUUUGUCUUCUUUAUAUCCUGUCAAAAUAUAUACUUGAUCAUGUGGAUAUGAAAAAGAUGUUGUUUACUUUGUACCAGAUUUUUAAAGAGAUUUAAAAUAUGUGUGUAUAUUGUGCAUAUAUAGUAACUUAAUGUAUAGUGUCUUUGUUAUAAUGUAAUUUUUUCAUUAAAAAAUCUUGUGUUUUUUUCUUAUAUUCUUAGAGGUUUUUUUAAUACAUAUAUUUUUUUCCUGUAUAUUUUUCCUGAAGAUAGGGGUAGUUUUGUUCAUCUUAAAUAAGAUGCUGAAUAAACACUUUAAUACCUGAGCAUUUUGGCUAGAGAUUUAUAUUCAAUUUGAAACCUGAACAUUUUUAAUUAUAUCUACCAAGAACUAUUCCUAAUGUUAUAUUUGGAGAUAUGCAUUUAGUGCUGUGACUUAGCUAAGCAUCAGUAUUUUAGAACAACAUGUAUAAUAAGGUAUAAAUUAUUCUUUUUUUCCUCCACAUUUUGACAUCAUGACAUCUUCAAACACACUUUUUGUAUCCAGCGUAAUGGCAGAAGGAUCCAAUUAAAAGAAGAGAUUAUGAUUACAAUUAUUGUUAUUAUUAUCAUUAUUAUUACCUUCCUCCCCCUUCCUCUGUUUUAUUCCAAUUUAUACCUGAUUUUCAGGCCUAUGGAAAAAUCUUAAUCUUUCUAGAAGUUUACUGAAUUGACAAGCUGGUUUAGGCUUCAAAAAUCUUAAAUAGUAUAUAUACUGUUUUGAUAUCUAGGCAUCUGUAUUUCUACUUAAUUAGCUUAAUCAUAAUAAGUCGUGAGCUGGACAUGAUGGUGCGUACCUAUAAUUCCAGCACUUUAAGAGGCUGAGAUAGAUAGUAGGAUCACAAAUUUGAUGCUACACUGGAUCUUAGCCAAAAGGCCAAGAAGUGAUAAGAUCAUAAAUUUGAGCCCAACCUGGGCAAUUUAGUGACUUGGCAAGAUCUUAUCUCAAAAACUAAAAAAGGGCCAGGAAUAUAGCUUGGUGUAAAGGUCCUGGGUUUAAUCCCCAGUACUGCAAACAAAAAAAAAAGUCUUAGUAUACUUUUUUUUUUUUUGGUACCAGGGAUCGAACUCGGGUUCUUGUUCUUGUGAGGCAGGCGCCAGAACCACUGAGCUAAAUCCCCAGCCCCUUAGUAUACUUUUGCCAUAUACAAAUAGCUGUGGAUUCUAUUGUUAAAUAAUACAAGUAUUCAUUGCUGACUGAAUUCUUAAAACUUUAAGAUCAGAAUUUAAUGCAGGGCUUGGUGGUGCACUCCUGUAAUCCCAGCACUCAGCAGGCUGAGCCAGGAGGAUUGCUGCAAGUUGGAGGCCAGCCUGGCUGCAUAGUGAGUUCAAGGCCAGCCUGAACUACAUACCAAGACACUGUCUCAAAACAGAAAAGAUCAGAAUUUAAGAAAAAACUUCAUUUAUUAAUGGAUUCUAAUAGGAUUCCUAAGAAAAAUAAAUUAUAUGCCAAAGUAGAAAACCUUUCAGAAUAUGAUAUAGUUAUAAGUAUAAUAAAAUCAGAACACAAUGUGAGAAUCACAUACCAGGAGGGGUUUUAUUUUUAAAUAUCUUUAUUGAGGUACAAUUAAAAUACAAUAAAUACACAUAUUUAAAGUCCACACUUGAUAUAUUUUGACAUAUAUACACAGACAUAAAACCAUAACCAUAAUCAAGAUACUGAACUGUCACCCUCCAAAAUUUCACAUUUUUCCUUGGUAAUCCAUCCUCCUCCAUAUCCCCCCACCUACCAUUUCCAGACAACCACUGAUACACUUCCUAUCAGUAGAGAUCAGUUUUCUUUAAAUGAAAUUGUAUAGUAUGAACCUUUUAUGGUCUUUUAUAGUAACCUUUUAUACUUAUUCUGUGAUUCCUCUACAUUAGAGCAUGUAUGAAUACUCAUUACUGCUAAGUAGUAUUACUUUGUAUGAUUAUACCGUAAUUUGUUUAUUCAUGUGAUAAUGGAUAUAUGGGUUGUUUAUAGUUCUAGGCCAUUACAAAUAAAGCUACUGUAAACAUUUGUGUAUAA